UAAUGUCUCUUUUAUAAAUCAUAUUAUUAUAGAAACCUUUAAAUUCCUUAUGGUAAGCAAAUACGAUGGGGUACCAUAGACCGAGUAAGAAUAACAAAAAGAGUAUUAAAGCAGAUGUUAUUAUACUUGGAUGCAGCCUCCCAGGAAUCGUCACAGCACACAAAUUAAAAAGGAAAUUCGGUGAUACAAUGGCAAUCGUGGUACUUGACUUAGUUGGACCAUCGAGAACACCUUCUAAAUGUAAUGUCGCCUUUCUAGAAGACUUCGAUGAUGACACUACAGAAUUAGAAGAAGAUAAUACAGUUAAACAAGUAGCAGAUAAUGUUGCCCGACAUUACAUCACUAUGUACUCUAAAGACUUCAAUAUACCACUGCCAGAUGCUAUAUUAAUGCCAGAAAAUACUAAAACGAAACUGAGCAAGUUAUUUCAACACCUAAAUGGGAGUACAGUUGAGUGUCUGAGCGAUUAUCAUGAUUUCGAUUAUUUGAAUAUAAUGGAGAGAUUUGAACUUAAUCAGUAUCAAGCGCUUCUAGAUCAAUCUGUUAUAGACGUUUUUCAGACUAAUAGAUCAGACACUAAAAUUAAUAGAAAGAGACUAUUGUACUAUGAUAAGACUACUAUGGAACGGCACAUUUGUGAUGCAUUAUUGUUUUCUACUUCAAGGGAAAUUAUGCGGACUAUUGUCAGGUUGGUUUGUGGUGCACCACCAGAUACUAUCUCUGUCCUUUUCUACCUUCACCAGUGUUACAGAACCAGCAGUACAAGAAAUCAUUUAGAUGGAGACAACACAAGGUUCCGUGAGAAACUUUUGGGGUAUUGCAGGCAAAGAUUAUCUAGCAAAUUACAGAAAAGUAUAGCAGAUAUUACAAUGCCAACUAAAAGUAUUAAGGAAAUUCGCACAUACUCCGACGAACAAGUUAUUUUAGAAACGAUGAAAGGAGACACUAACUACGUUUGCAAUCUAUUAGCUAUGGCAUUACGACCUGAUCAGCUCCUUAAAAUUAAAUUUGAAGACCAGUUGCUGACGAAAGAACAGGCUUCUAUAACAAGUCAAAUGAGUGAAGGUCGAGCUAAAAAGUUUUUGAUUCAAUAUGAGCAGAAUAUUUGGAGACCUCAAGGUUACAGUGGCGAUAUUUUAAGUAUACAAGGUCCUAUAAUAUGGGCUAUGGAAAAGCCAAAACUAUCUACAACUGGAAGUACUGAUAAAUAUGCAGCUAUUGUUGGUUAUUUGAUGGUAAGAGAUAGUGAUGACGAUGAUGAUUCAAAAGAUGCUGUGAUAGCUCAACUGGUUAAAUUAUUUGGCGAAGAGGCAGCGAAUCCUGUAAACUACAAAGAGACGAAUAUAGCCGAUGUUUUUGUUCCACGUUGUGGUGAUUACGUUGCUCUGAGAAAAUUCACUAGUGGAGGUCGUACUGGAUUUCUAGAAUGGGGUGCAUUAGAUAUUUUUGCAGAUGGAGAUGUGGCAGCUUCUUUAGAAGCGGGUCACACUGCGUAUCUACAUUUAUUAAGUUGUUUGCGACCUCAAGCCCAGACAUAUGAAGAUGUUAGCACCGCGGAGUGGCCUACGUUAUUGAGACAUGGACCAUUUGAAAGGUGGCUGGCUGAAAUAAACUGCAAGUCUGGUAUACAUUUUUUUGUGUACACAGCUGCAAUUUGCAUCGGUUUACAUUUGAUACGAGCGUAUAUGAGAAAAUGAAGUAAGAAAACAAGAAUAUUUUUUAUUUAUUAAAAGAAUUU